UGUUGCCAUGGUUGUCAUGGUAUCAAAAGUCCGAGAUGCUUCAGUAGGAGUGUGAAGCUGUUUUCCAAAUCUUAUUCCUCUGUGCAUUUGUUGUUUUCUUGUCAUUAAAAACUAAAAACAAGGUUAAAAGUUUCGUAAUCGUGCUAUUCACUCUUCCGAUACGAUACCGCGUUGAUCUCAAAGUGCUUCAGAAAUGGGUACACUGUUCGAGCAUCUUAAAACACUGUUCGAAUAUGAGUUGUAUUCGAACGCAAAAUCUCUGUCAAACCUAAUAUUAGCAAUCUACGAAAAUAAUAAGGUAAUACUAACUCCACAACAACACUUCAGCACAUUGAUUUAUUAUGCCGAGUCACUUUUCCAAGAUAAUGAAUUUCGGGAGGCGGAAGUAAUAUAUCGGCAAGCUUUGCAGGCAAAACGUAUGCUAUCAAAAACGAAAUCGUCAGAGAACAAAAUUACAGAAAAUUCGUCUCCUAUCUUCUCCGAGGUGGAAAUCAAGUACAAAACAGCUAAAUGUUUAAUUGAAAUCAAACGAUUUCGUGAUGCAAUUGUGGUAUUGCAAUCCCUAUCGAUGAAACAACGCACACCUAAGGUCAAUAUGCUGUUGAGUCGACUCUGUCACAAUCAUGGCCACGAAAGAAGUGCUAUUGGAACAUACAAAGAAGUUCUUAAAGAUUGUCCAUUAGCCUUUGAAGCUAUCGAAGGUUUGCUGUCGCUCGGAACAAAUGGAAUAGAGGUGAAUACUUUAGUGGUAAACGCAACGAUGGGCCCGCAAUGCAGCGACUGGCUCAACAAUUGGAUUAAAGCUCACGCUCACAUGCAUAACAGGAAGUAUCCGGAAGCUAUUACAACUCUCCGUGCUAUUGAAUCAAAUACUGCAUUGUCGAAUUAUCAUCAAUUGCUGGUGUUGAUUGGGGAAUGCUAUUACCACAAUGGAGAAUAUGAUAAUGCUUAUGCCUAUCUGAAACGAGCGCAUAGUUUGUACCCUUACAUGAAAAAUGGUAUUCAGAUUCUUGCAAUACUUAUGGCUAAGAAGAAAAAAAUUAAUGAGUUAGAGAAGAUUAUUGCACCAACAUCGACUUUCCCUUACGAAUAUUCAUCGGAAAUGUGGUUUGUGAUGGCGCAAUAUUUAUAUUGUACUGCAAAAUACGAUAAGGCGGUUUAUUUCGUUCAGAAAGCCUGCUUCUUGAACCCUAAAAAUGCAGAGGCGCUCAUACUGAAAGCGGAAGUUCUGAUACAACUCAAAAAAUAUCAAGAGGCGAUAGCCCACCUACGUUUUGCUCAGCAAUUUGCCCCGUACAGAUAUGAAGUUCAUAAGGUCUUGGUGGAUACCUAUUUGAAUACGAACCGUGUGCGGGAGGCACAAGCACAAGCUUUAAAGGCGUUGAAAACUGUAGGAGAAACUCCACGACUCCUAGUGCUUUUAGGCCGAGCGUAUCUUAAGGACGACAGCACAAAGGCGAAAGCCAAAGCGCUUUUCCUCAAAACUUUGGAGUUAAAUGAAAAUUGUCUGCCUGCUGUUUAUCUUUUAGCAGACAUAUAUCAACAAGAAAACGACGUGGCUAGCUGUAUGAAACUAUUGAAAAAGCACGCCAUGCUGGCGCAGAACUGCAAACUACACGCAAUGUUGGGUGACCUAAUGAGCAACGAAAAAGACCACUCAGGAGCUCUAGAACAUUACACUACCGCGUUGAACCUUGAUCCUACAAAUCGAUUAGCAAUCGCUGGAUUGCUAGCAAUGGGACAAAGUAGCGCCAUUGGAACAGCAGGUGUUGUUAGUACAUCGUAUCUGGAAUCAUCCAUGGCCGAGGAGAGUAGUGACAUACAGGAUAAUCCUCUAGAAAUUAUUGAAAUUCCACAAAAUGUCCAGAAUGAUCUAGAGUCUGAAAGUGACAUAAUGUGGUCUGAUGUAGAGAUCGAGAUUAAUCAAUGAAUACGAAUGGUAAUAUAACUUCUUUAUUCAAAUGCAUAUAAGUUGUCGGAAGUUAGUGAGCUUCGUAGAUCAUUUUCUUGCUUCGAAUUUAACAUAACGUUGUUUUCAUAAACCUAUCGUGAACUAUUUUCA